AUGUCGCUCGGGAAACUCCGCAAAUGGGGCAAAGGCUUUGCAAAAGACCUAAAAGGACCAGACUCUCCCCGUUCCCCAUCACCCGCUUCCUCACCUCGAUCCCCGCCCGAGAUGGAGCUUUCAUCAGCAUUCGACGACGACCUCCUCGCGCUCGAUUCUGACCUCCAACUCCGCCGUCGCGGGCUAGAAAGGCUCGUGCUCGUCUCCCAGGCCUAUACUCGCGCCUUCUACAAGCGUAAGGACCUGCCCGACCCUGCCGCUCCGCUGUCAAGUAUAGGAGGGAUGAAGAAGCUCAAUCCUCAGGAAUCCCUUGCUCUCCAUUUGCAGGCAUACGGGGAUGCGCACGGGGAGACGCCGUUUGGUCGUGGGAUGGCAGCGUAUGGACGGGCGAGGGAGGAGGUGUAUGUCGCUUGGCGAGAAUGGGGCAAACGAUGGGCUGAGGGAUGGGAGGGCGCGUUGGAGAGCGGGCUGGGGAUGGUCAAGGAGGUUCAGGGCAUGAGGAAAGGGCUCGAGAAGAAGAGACAAGCGCACGAGACGAGCGUCAAUCGACUCCAGCGAGCAAAGGAAAAGAACGCGGAAGCGAUGGAAGAUGAUGUUUCGCGUUCCUAUUCGGCGUACGAAACAGCCCUGAGCACCGUCCAGUCCCGCGUGCUAGAGAUCGAAGAAUUCGAGCAGUCCCUCCUUGCCCGAACCGUCCAGCUCGUAGAGGAAGAACUCGAGUUCGUAGCCGUAUACCGGGACGCACUCACAAGUGUCAAGGACCAGCUUUUAGCGGAAGGGAUCGCCGAUCACAGGACAAGCAUGCCCAAACGCUCUUCGCGCGCUUCUCUCGCUCCUAUCCCACCCUUCGGACGUCGUCUCUCCGCCCGAUCGCUACAUUCCUCUCACUCCCUGCACUCCCUUUCCCCUUCCAUCUCCCUCUCCUCGGAUUGUACCUCCCCCGCCCCAUCAACCUACCACCAACGUGCGCACUCCCAUACCUUGAAGAGGGAGGGCAGCCGUAGAUGGGGCGGCGAGACAGGCUGGGCAGAGGUCGCUGCCGAACCGCCAGAAGAGGACGAGUUGGCGGAACAUGAUCCCUCAAACUGGAAACCGAGCAAUACAAUGGUGGAUCCUCUCCGUCCCCCACUCCCACGAAAGCCGCCAUCAAGACAUUCCUCCCUAGGCAAACUUCAGAUCCCGCCGCGUACGCCCCCGAGAUCUGCACCCCUUCUGGGCCAAUCAACAGCCCGCCGGAAAUCGUUGAUCCAGACGGACGAGUCCGAUGGAGGACCGGACGAAGAGGCGAGCGAUGCGGACCUCCCAGGUGGGGCAGGGGACCGUCAGCCCUUGUCGGCGGGGACGACCCGUGCGCCUGCGUUGCCCCCCAGCCUGCCGCCGCGCCGCGCUCAGAGCUUGAGGGUCCCCCCACCUACACCGCCUAGGAACGGAGGAUAUGCGGCCUCGAUCGGGGCUGGAUCAAGAAAGGAAAGGGCAGAGGAGGCCGUCAAGAGCCCGUUUGAUACUACGGAUGAGAGCGAUGCGUAGUUGCUGAAGUUGCCCGCAGAGGUGUGUGAAGAGACUGCCUGGACUAUGUUUUUCUUUUCUUGAGGCGGUCAGACACCCGUUGUUGAAUGUUAUGUAUGCUGCUAGGUAAAAGAAUGAAAUAUCCG